AUGAUUAAAACACAUCCGUGGAUCGGUGGUACUGAAGAAGAAUACGAGACGCAACAUUUUGGUUUUGGUGCUCAAAGUCUCAAAAUAGCGGUGCGUCAAAUGGUAGAACACAAAAUCAAAAGUGGAGUGAAAGAUAUGGAGUCUUAUUUACAAGAGACGCUAGACUUGAACGACACCGACAAAUUAACUUUAACACAUUCGUGUGAUAAGUUAAUAAGGUUAUAUUGUGACCGGGCAGGACCCUCACUGGAAGCUAUAGAUAGUGAAAUUGAGAGAUUACUACAAAUUCCACCGAAUGUUUUGUUACCUGAAGACGAAGUUCAGUUAGAACAAGUUUCGGAUGAAGAAUAUCAAAAGUUGAAGGAGGAAGUUGCUUUAUUGAGGAAGCGUGUUGAAAGAGGUGCAUCAUUGGAAGCUUUACUUAGUGCUGAAGAUGAGGAACUCUCAUCUAUUGAAAACGUGUGUGAAAUAGCAAGGAAAGAUAUGGAGAUAUUGGAUUUGCUUCAGAAAAGUUGUUUAAAAAAUGAUGUCAAGAUGAUUAAAAAUGCAACAGAGUUCAUAUGUUCUACAGUGCCGUUUCUAAAAAAAAGUGAUUUAAUUUUCGGCGAUUAG